GGGCUGCGGGCCGCGGUUGCUGAGGGCGCCGCGGUGCCGCGGCUCCCCCCAGCAGCCCCCCGCUGUCGCCAUGGCGCUGUGCGGCCGCUCCGCGCUGCUCCGGCCGGGCCCGACCCCUCGCCCCUCGUCCCGCCGCGCCCCCGCCGCCGCCGAAGCCUUCGUCAGCUGCAGCCGCCUUCGAAACAUUCAGAGUAUCCUGACACAGAGCAGCAAAUCUCAGCCUGAUGGAAUCCUUUGCAUUUUAGGAAUAGAUAGCCGAUACAACGAAGGUUGCAGGGAACUGGCAAACUAUCUGCUUUUCGGCUUGUAUAGUCAGAGUAACAAUGACUUCGAGAGAACUGGUUUCCCUGAAGAAGUGCUUGAUGAUAUAAUCAUAUUAAUAAAACCUGAUAGUGUCCAUCUGUACUGUAACCCUGUGAAUUAUAAUCAUCUUUUGCCAUAUGUGGCAUUUUGGAGGAACUUGCAUUUUCACUGUCUAACUGAAAAUGAGUAUGAAGAUGAAGAAGCUGCAGAGGAGUUCAAAAUUUCCAGCUUCGUAGACAUGGUUCGAGAUUGUAGUCGCAUUGGUAUUCCAUACAGCUGCCAAGGUCAUCUACAGAUAUUUGAUAUGUUCAUUGUUGAAAAGUGGCCAAUAGUGCAGGCUUUUGCACUGGAAGGAAUUGGGGGUGACGGCUUCUUUACAAUGAAAUACGAACUAAUGGAUGUCAGCGUUGAUUUGUGGAAAACAUACAGCAAGAUGGAUCCAGUUUCCUUGGAGGACUUGGUAUUUGAGGAUUUAAUGACUUUUGAGCAUCAGUGGACCAACUUUUUUGCUAAUUUUGAUACUGAAAUUCCCUUCAUUCUGGAACUGUCAGAAUCUCAGGCAGGGGAGCCUUUCAGAAGUUAUUUCAGUCAUGGAAUGAUCUCAAGCCAUAUAACUGAUAACAGUCCCAGCCGGCAGCCUUUUGUUCUGUUUGGUAGCCACUCAACUAGAGAAAACUUGAACUCCGGUAACUUCAAUUUUCCAUCGGAAGGACAUCUUGUUCGAAACACUGGCCUUGGUGGAAGCACUGCUAAACAUAUGGUAGUGCAGUGUGUGUCUCCAAAGGGACCUCUGGCUUGUUCCAGGACCUAUUUUUUUGGAACCACUCAUGUUCCUUUCCUGGGAAAUGACAGUGAGAUGCACAAGAAACCUGAACAAGUUAUGCUGUUGUCGCAAAUAUAUACUGCUGUUGUAGAGGCUGUGCUUGCUGGCAUUGAGUGCUAUGCUAAAACUUCCACUGAAUCCAAGGCAAAGGAGGGAGCAGAGCAGAUGUUUAUGUCUAUGUUAGAUACCCUACAUUUAGCACAACUUAAAACAGUGUUAAGCUCUAAAAUUGCUUUUCAAAUUCAGGCUGUGAACAAUCAUGGAAGAAUUACUUCAUUAGAUAAUGAGGAUAGCCUGAGUCUGAUUAAAACGGCGUCUAUGAUGGUGUUUGACAUUCCAGACUUGCUCACAGGAAGAGGAUGCUUGGGAUCUGUUGUCUUUUCAGAGUCCUUCCUAACAUCACAGAUACAUGUAAAAGAAAAAGAUGGCAGUAUUAAUUCAGAAACCAGCCACAUAAUAUUGACUGCAGCUAUCCCAAGAUACGCAUCUUGGCUGGUUGAAGAUAGUGAUGUGAAACUGUCUGAAAAAGCACAGCUAAUAUUAAAGGAAGACAAAUCUUUUCUGGGCACUUUACUUACUGGAGGUGAUGGAGCAUAUAUUUAUUCUAGCAAUCCACAGGCCAUGCCUGCAGAAGGCAAACUGUACUUCUUCUCAGACGGUAUUCUCUUUUCUGACCCCCACCAUGGCAGCAUUUCCAUUUCAAAGGACCAUAUGAAUUCCCUUUGUCUCUAUGAUGGGGAUUCAACCAGUAUUGUUGCUGCUCUCUUUAUAGACUUCAAAAGCUCCUUGCUUACUCAUCUACCAAUUGAAUUCCAUACCCAAGAUAACUUUUUGAUGAUUGCACUUUUCCCCAAAACGAAGAUUUAUAAAGCUUUUUAUUCACAGGUUUUCUCUUCAUGGCAAAACCAGAGAAACUCAGGAUUAUGUUUAAGAGUUGUCCAAGAAGAAUUUCUGUCAGUGGCACAGAAGAGACUACAUUCCAGUGGUCAGAAGCUAUUUAAUUAUUUGUCUUUUCCUUCUGGGGAAAGAUGCAGUGAACUGAAAAUAUCUGCUGCCCUCCCAGAAUUAGAGAGGUUUGUGCAGCAUUUUACUGUCAGCAGCGUCAGUCGCGAGCCAAUAAUGAGAGCACAUCUUCCUAUUUUAUUGCAAGAGUCAGAAAUCAUUCCUGAGAGCAAAGCAGAAAGUGAAAAGGUUGUUAUCACCAUUAUAACAGGUCUUCCAGGAUGUCGCAGCAGCGAUCUGUGCGCUUUUCUUGUAACUUUUAACAAGGAGCAUGGAAGGUGGAUAGUUUAUCGGCAGACUAUGGAUAGUCCUGAAUGUUUCAGUGCAGCACACUUCCAGCGUUAUCUCUCCAGUGUCCUGGAGGCUCAGCAAAACCACAGUGUCCGUCAGUCCACUUAUGCUAGAAAGAACAAGCGGCUCUUAGUGGUCUUGCAAGGAUACACUGAUGUGAUUGAUGUUGUACAGGCUCUACAAACUCAUCCUGACCCAGAUGUAAAGUCCUCUUUCAUCAUUGGAGCAGUUAAUACUUGUGUAGAGCCACUGAGUUGCUAUAUAGAGCACAGACUUCUUUUUCCCAAGUUCUUGGACCAGUGCUCACAAGGACUGGUGAGUAAUGUGAUUUUCACAAGUCACGCUACAGAGCAGAAGCAUCCGCUCCUUAUGCAACUGCAGAGCCUGAUCCGAGCGGCAAAUCCUGCUGUUUCGUUCAUCUUGGCAGAAAAUGGAGUUGUGACUAGGAAUGAGGAUAUUGAAUUAAUUCUCUCAGAAGGCAGUUUCUCAAAUCCUCAGAUGAUGAGAGCUCGAUAUUUAAUGUAUCCUGGCUGGUAUGAAGGCAAAUAUGGAGCUGGGUCUGUGUUUCCUCCAAUGGUUCAGAUCUGUGUAUGGUUUAAUCGUCCUCUAGAAAAAACACGAUUUGUGACCAAAUGUAAAGCAAUUAAGUCAUUGCUCAAGCCAAGUCCUUUUUCUGGAAACAUUUAUCACAUCAUGGGCAAAGUUAAGUUUUCAGAUUCUGAUAAAAUGAUUGAAGUCUGUCACAACACAUCAUCUAACUCACUAAGCCUUGUGCCUGUUCAGGAGGGGCCAACUCCUCCUGAUGCAAGAAACGAUAGCAGAGAUUGCAGCAGUCAACAGGAGUGCUUCCUUGUGUUCAUUGGCUGCUCUCUUAAGGAAGAGGAUAUAAAAGAUUGGCUCAGAGAAACUGCAAAACAGAAACCUCAGAGGAAAGCCCUGAAGACUAGGGGAAUGCUAACCCUUCAGGAAAUAAAAAACAUUCACGUAAAACGCCAUUUGGAUCCGCUUCCAGCUGGUUAUUUUUACAAUGGGACUCAAUUCGUGAAUUUUUUUGGUGACAAAAUGGAUUACCAUCCGUUAAUGGACCAAUUCAUGAAUGAUUACUUGGAAGAAGCCAACCGGGAAAUAGAGAAGUACAACAGAGAAUUAGAAGAACAAGAGUAUCAUGAUCUCUUUGAGCAGAAGACAUAAGCACAUGUAUUCUGUGGAUUUCUGAACUACCUACUGUCAGUAACCAAAAAUGCUGUUGUCCUUGCUGGUUAACUAGAAAAUGUAAGUGAAAUGUCAGUUUUCAGCACUCCUUAUAAAACUAAGAGAUCAUUCCUGUAAGGUUGGCAUUUUUAAUAUGGUAACUGCUUAGUUGUUUGUAUUGUCAGGUUUGCUUCCACUUCACCUUAAUUCCAGACUGUAAAAAGUGUCACCUGGAAUCGCUGGCUAGCAGUGGAAAUUUCUUUAAAAGAAGAAAAGCUGGAAAGGUUUAUUUCCUAGCAGGUCAAAAUGCAAGCAUGGGUUUGGUCCAUCAUGCAGAUGGUCAAACAACUUUAAUCUCUUGAUGUCCCCUGAAACUUGUUGCACAGGAGCGUAAAUGAGCAGUGGUAUACUUCAGUUUGUGGGAUUGGGGGAUGUUCCUAAAGCGAGAAAUGGGGGAACGUUCCAAAAGCUCUGAAGAGAAUCUAACGCUACUGCUGUUAGGGUGUUCCCAAAGCGAGAAAUGGGGGAACGCUUCAAGAACUCUGAAGAGUACCUGAUCCUGCUGCUGUAAGGGUGUUCCUAAAGCGAGAAAUGGGGGAAUACAUAAACCUCUGCUCUUUUUCUGAGGGGACAGCAUGUCUCAAACCUCUGCACAGUUUGAAUCCGCGGUCAAAGUUUUGACUUCUUAAAGAAAAGAUGUUUAUACAUUUCAGGGUGAAAUGAGAUAGGUGGAGAUCUCUCUCUUCCCAGUGGUGUUAUAGCAAUUCAGGUCAUAUUUUCUAGAAUCUGUAACUUGUGAUUCUUUAAAGGAUUAUCUCUGAAGGAUUCUUACUUCAGUAGUAAAAACUAAGCAGAGCAAGAAAAGGGGGAGAGUAUGAAAAGCCAGGAUUCUUUAGUUAAAGAAUUGCUCUUUGUGAAAAAGACUCACUUCCAAAGGUAAAAAAUAUCUGAAGAUGUACUUGAAAUAGGAAAGAAGUUGUCUGGGAAACUUCCAGAAAAAAUUGCACACAGUAACAUCUCACUAGGUUUUAAUUACUUGCACCAAAACCUUUACAGUUACUAAAUGAUACUGUAAUAGGAAUUUGGGCAACUUGUCCUGUAACGUAAUUUAGUGCAAUUUUAAGUGAGACUUCAUAGAUCACUGACUGAAGGCUUACGUGGUACCCCAGCAGCUACUUAAACAUAAUUAUUGAAAGCUUAUUGAAUAAGCAGAUUAUUGUAGCGUGCUGUGUGUUCAGAAUUUAGUCAGAUGAAAAAAGUCCAAGAGGGAUUUUGAUUUUCGUAUUCCUUUGCUUUAGGAGUAGUUCCAUCUUUUAAUACAACUGCUGCCUUUCUUUUUGGUCAGAUGUAUACAAUGCAGUAAGAAAUCGAAUGAUUUGUUACAGUACACUUUAAGUACAUAACGUGUUCAGUCUCUUUUUGUGGGAGGAAAAUGAGGUUUAAAUCCUGCCGUGAAACCUAAGGCUACAUACAGUUUUACACCUUAUUUAAGAAAUAUAUUUUUUACCUUUGGAAUCUGAAAUGGCUGAAACUUCAAUAAGUCUGUCAAAAACUGAAACGCCUUGUAGGUAGAGUUUCAGUUCGUGUUGUUACUAGCUGGCUUGGUGCCCGUGCUGCAAUGGUGAUGCAGUACAGAUGUGGAAUUCCAGGUGCUGCAGACUGGGAUAUAGGUGUUGAUAAGGUUUCGUUAAUAGCUUUCCUAUUAGAUUUAAAAAGCUGUCUGAACUUAAUUUUUUGUUUUGCACACCACGAGACUUUAUAAACUACUUGUAUCCUGUUAAAUUUCAUUAAAAGCCAGCAAUUAGUUUGUGUGUCUAGGCUUUUCGGGGUAACCCAUAUUACAGGUAUAGAGCAUCAUGAUAAGGCUCGUGAGUUUAUCUAUGCAUGGCUAUACUUUAGUCUUCAUAUACUGUAGUGCCUGGUAGAGAAAUGUAGCUAGCAGUGGAUUUGGGGGGCAAGCAGGUGCUUACAAGCUAAGUACAGUUGGCUGCAUGAAACUAUAUAUUGAAAUCAGACCAGGAUUAUUAGAGUGCAGAAUUCUGGAGGUAACACUGCAAUAAAAGGGGCAUUAGGAAAUUCUUACCAAGUUAUAGUUCUUAGCCAAUAAACUUAGUGUAAACCCCGCGUGCUCCUUCCCAGUACAAGUUAUCUAAUCUGCAAAGCCAUAUUUCUAGGAUAGCGGUAUGACUACGUGAUGUCAGGAGAAACACCAUUUGCAGAGCCGACGGGCACUCCCUUGAUGCUUUGUCUCAGCUUGCAAGUCAGUAACGGUGUAGUUAAGUGCAAUUGAUUGAACGAUAGAUGACGAUACUGUAGCUUAUUUUGCUCUGCUGAACUCUUUUUAAGAACUCCAAUUUGUGCAGCUCUUGAAAAUGGCUGUCGAUGGGGCUAACUCAGCUGCGGCUGGCGUAGCAGCUUGCAAUCCCAAACGCAGUGUCUCAUGAACAAAAAGGAAAUAAGCAUAUCAAAUUGGUGUGCUACUGUGCAAAUUGAGGUGUUCUCUAAAAACUGCAUCAGAAGAGCUCUGAGCAAAGGCCUAGUAUACUUAUAUACUGUACUGCAUGCUAUAUGGUAAUAGCUGUGUAUUUUGAAGACCUUUCACCAUACUGGUACUAUUUCAAUUAAUCUAUUUUGGUAUUGAAAUAAUUUGAUUACCUCAAUUUUUUUUUAGUUUUUAACUGUGACUUUAAAAGUGAAAAAUUACUGAAAUAGUGAAACUGUGACAAUGGUAUCCUUUAAACAUAGUAGUGCCUUGCAGACGAUGCCAUUUAUGCACGAAGCAUAGCAUAAAUGGCCAUCGUGGGUUGUAUUGCUUGCACCCUCUUUUUUUAAAGGAAAAAAACGGUUUUGGUGAAAGGACUUAAAAUUAACGUAGCGAAGAAUAUUAGCACAAAUGGUAAACUGUUAAAAGAAAACUCUUUGAGGACUAAAACGUAUAAAUGCGUGAUGCUGCUGAUAGUUUAAUAGCAGUUGCUGAUUCUUUUGGAGUUACUUCUAACAGUCAGCAGCACUUUUUUUUUUUAGAAGAGCAUAACUUUUGUACUCUGGUCAGAGAGAUUUAUACUGUGUCAAACCCCAUCUGUAGGGCAAGCUGCUUUCCUCGCUGUUUUGAAGUCGAGGUAAGGAUUGAGUUAAAGAUCUAGUUUUUGAAAAUUUUUUAGCUACUGUAAUAAUAAUAAAAAAGCACCAUUUCUAAACCACAAAUGUUUGGAUACAGAAAAAGUGCCAUUACACUGUUCCAAUAUGUUUUACUGUAUUUUGACAAUUGGUAACAGUAACUUUGUGUCCAGACAUUUCUGAAAUUGGGAAGAAAUGCUGAGAGUCCUCAAGGGGUUUACGUGCUUUGCUGACCCUCAUGUUAGCAGGUUGUGGUGUUUUUUUUUUCCCCUCAUGGAGAAUGAGUGUGAUCAGAAGUUACUGAAGUUAUAGGGAGAAAAAUGUGAUAAACUUAAGAGAGGAACACUUGCAACUUGGACUGCGCUGCAAUCUCGGAGUAUUUUAUGGUAAGCUGUGCAAUUUGGUCUUAGUCCGAUUUUACACUUUGCAAUUAAUGACUGAUUGCAGGGAGCAUCUAAGUUGCAUGUAGAAGUUCUCUAAUAAGUUUCUUUUAUUAUUAUUUUUUAAUUGAAACUUUUCUGAAUUUGCACAGAUUUAAGCUCUGGAAUACUUUGGUAUUCUUAAAAGGGAAAAAAACGUAACUAGUAUAGUGAAUUGUGAACUGUGAGUUGUUAGAACUGCAUCAUUGAUCUAAUUUUAGAUUGUUUAAAAAUGUACCUCAGAAAGCUAGUGAGAAAUUGCUUCAUUUUUACACAAGUUAGAUACUAAUGUAACACUUCUCACUUUACAAUGUGCCAAAAUUCACUUUUAUACUAGUUCUCAAUGCUUUAAUAUUUGCAAUUUUAAGUUAAAAACUUGUAUUUACAAACACUACUGUAACUUCAGUUAAACUGAAUUGUGUGAUUGAAGCUUUUUGCCUGUUGUAUUUAUUACACAACUUGAUUCAAUAAAUAUAAAAUUACCUUUCCAUUUAUUUUUGUAUUGUUUUACAUGUUUAUACCUGCAGUUUGUGUGACUUUUACACUUGUAACUCAGAUGUGAUGGAAAGAACCAAUAAACAGUCUCCAUCUGC